AUGACCACCGCUACGAGCAAUCUUGGCGCAAACUUACUGCCAACCACCAAUCUGCCAGCUUUACCCGCAAUCACUCCUGCUAAGCCCCCGGUGCACCGCAGCUUGGUCUCUGAGACUCCCCACGCUCCGCAUAUUCCAACGGGCUCUCGCUACAAUCCUCUCCUGCCACCGCUGUCACCCUCAACAUGCCUAGCCCAGCUCCGCGCUCCACUAACCACACCCACUGAUGCGCGGAAUGCGAUCUGGGACCUACUAAGCCCAAAGGGGUUCCGCGCGUGGCGCGAAGCCCUGGAGGAGAAUUUCUUCCCCACUGCUAAGAUCAUCACUGAUAAUGACAAGAUCAGCACCGUUAUUGCCUCGGGCAUCACCAACGAGCGCCUCUGCUCGCUUGUUUGGACCAACCGCACCGUCCUCAUCAACCUCACCUGGGAGAAGUUUAUCCGCUGGUGCAACAAAAAUGUGCUCACUGGUGAUUGGGAUCUCUCCAUCCGCGAGAGCGUUACUCACGCCAAGCUCAACGACGGUGCCGACUUCCAGCUCUUCCUCGCCACCAUCGAAGAGCUCAACGAGCUCCUCAAGGACUCCACACAAGGCUCAUACUCCAACAAAGCCAUCCGCUUUUACGUCUACCACACCCUCUAUCCCAAACUUUGCCAGGAGGUUUAUAAGCAGGAACUUCACACUGCGCCAUACAUCCCCAAGAACAUUCUGCACUUCAAUCUGCUCUACGCGGACCACCUCCAAAUUGCCUGCGAGCUCCGGCAGAUGACCGAGGAUGAGGUGGCUGUUUCCGCCGCCACCGCCAAAGACAACUUCCCUCUUUGCGCAAACUCUCCUCCACCUCAGUCAUUGGGUAUCCCGCUCCAAGACCGCAUCACCGACCUGCCGCCAAGGAAGCCCACACUCACUAGCUGCAUCAGUGUUGGCUCGCUCCUCAACUGCAUCGGCAACAAAGCAUGGUUUCCGAUCUACCUCUGGGGCAAUGCCAUCGCCUACCUCCAGGAGUGCCUCAAAAACUACACCAACUACGCCGUGGGCAAGGCGGUCAAGCUCGCUAAGGCCCACGGCAACAAGCCCUACUCCCGCCUGCCCAAGGCUGGCAAGAACACUGCCAACUUGUCCAACACUAACACCAGCUCUGGCACCAGCUCCAGCUCCGGCACUGGCAGGGGCCACAGUGCACCUGUUUCCCCCCUCAAGGACUCGGAGUGCGCUAUCAUCUGCAACAACCGCGGGUGCACCCGCUGCCGCCCGCUCUUCAUCUACACUCUUGGCGACCACGACCGCAACAACUGCCCUUGGCCAGCAGGCGGCGACGCGUACCAGGAGAUCACUCCGGCGUACGCGCGCAAGAUCUUUGCCCAGCUUGUCAAGGCCGGCAACACCAACCUCCCUCCGCUUAAGCUGGAAGGUCUCCGACCCAUCGGCACCCAGUCCGCUGCCAUUGAGGUGGUGGACCGCCAGGAUGCUGCCAACAACGUCAACACCGUGUACCUCGGCAUUGAUCCCGACGUCAAAGAAGGCAUCUACAUCACCAACUCUGGCUUCUACAACACACAUCCCAAGUCCCUGUGCGCUCCGGUCAUUCUCAGACAGUCUUUCCUUGCCACCAACUGCCUCGUCUACAACACCAAAGAUCACACUUUCUGGUCGAAAGACACUGGCUACGACAUCCUCCAUCCCAACGCUCCACUCUACCUUGAACAACACUUCGUUCUACCGCCACUCCCAACCGCCCAGGACCGCGAGUGUGUGCGUGCCACACAGGACCAACACUACCACGAGGCGUACAGCGUGCAUGUGUCUGCUAUAAACAGCACUCUGGCCGACGCUCGCAAGAACAUUGACAUGCUCUACGAGCCCUGCAUCUCCACACUACAAGACUUCCUGCCGGCUAUUGACGCCCGCAUUGCCACCAUUGCCUACAAUGACCAUUCCGCGGAACUCGACGUGCACUACAAGACCCAGUAUGCUAGCGUUUUUGCAUCUAUUCCGCAUGCAUCCCAGCUUCCCACCGACAUUCUGCACUCCAUCAUGCUCAAAGACACUCACACCACUAUCCACCACCACUCGUACCGCACACCCAAGCAGUACAAAGCCAUGUUCGAAGCUCUCCUCGGCAAAAACAUCGUGUCUGGCUGCAUCAGGCCCUCCACCUCUCGCUUUGUUUCUCCCAGCUUCCUCGUCAACAAGCCUGACGGCUCCAAACGUCUCGUCAUUGACUACCGCCAGCUUGACAAAAAUACCGUACCCAACUCUUGUUCUAUGCUCCUUGUCAAUGACAUCCUACACGACUGCGCACUCAGCAAGAUCUGGGGCAAGCUCGAUAUGACGGCCGCGUUCCACCAGACGCGCAUGGACCCCGCCUCCUCACAGUACACCGCCUUCAAAGCUUGUAGCCAUGUCUGGGAGUCAAGCGUCAUGCCCAUGGGUGGACGUAACACUCCUGCGGUGCAACAGCGCUGCCUCACCAUUGCACUUGGCGACCUUGUCGGCAAGAUCUGCCAUGUUUAUCUCGACGACAUUGUCAUCUGGUUACAGUCACUCGCCAAACACCAAGAAAAUGUCGCCAAAGUCCUCGCUGCCCUCGCCAAUGUGGGCCUCUACUGCUUGCUCAGGAAGUCCACUCUCUUUGCCGACUCCAUCACCUUCCUUGGCCACCGCAUUUCUCACCGUGGCAUUGAAGCCAACGGCUCCAAAUGCAAACGUGUUCUUGACUGGCCAGUACCCAAGAACACCAAAGAUGUCUGCUCCUUCCUUGGCCUCGUCCACUACAUUGCCGACUUCCUCCCUAUUCUUGCCAAGUACACUCGGAUUCUCACCCCACUCACUAUCAAGGCCGCUGAGCGCACAUGGCCUGGCUGGCAAGAUCAUCACUAG